GAAGGUAAUUUCCAAGCAAGAAAUAUUCCCCACCGUGAUGCCCGUUCACACCUGGCUUCGGAUGCAGACGUUUCAACGUUCUAAGGUUCAGUGGCUUGCGCAACUGUUUGCCACUGUUUCGAGGCGCAGUUCCCACAGUCAUGGGGUGAUCGGUACGGAAAAAUGUUCGCGACCACCGUCGCGUGGCCUAGUGCUCGGGGUUUACGCCGAUGAGCACGAUCGAGACGACAACGGUCUACUGACUCCGGCUGCGGCCAAGUAUAACGAGUCCUACACUAAUGGGGUACUGAUGGAUAUGCUUCGCAUAGCCGGACCGAUGCCAAAACGUGGUGAAACGAGAAUUUUCUUCAAUCUUGAACCAACCUAUUCGGCGGUAGCUGUUUGUGGCCUCGGUAGCACCUGUCUUGGAUAUGAUCCGAUGGAAAAACUAGACCUGUCGAAGGAAGCAAUUCGAGUAGCUUCUGCGAGCGGAUGCCGUGAGCUCCAGAAACUGGAAACCAACCGUAUCUAUGUGGAAGAUUUUGGUCACGCGGAGUCUGCUGCAGAAGGUGCCCAUAUGGGUAUGUGGAUCAAUCAGAACCUGCGCAACCCGGAGAGUCGUUUGUUCAUACCCCAGCUUCAGUUGUACUACGAGCCGGAAAUGCCAUGCGAUUCAAAUGGAUGGAAAAUUGGGCUAGCAAAGGCUGAAGCACAAAAUCUGGCUCGCCAGUUGCAGGAGGCUCCCGCUAACCAUAUGACUCCGACGACUUUUGCACAGAACGUCGUGCAAAUAUUGUGUAAUUCGGGCGUGAACGUAGAGGUCAAGGUGCGUAGCUGGGCAGAAAGUCAAGGCAUGACUUCGUUUCUGACGGUGGCCAAAGGAUCUUGUGAACCACCGAUAUUCCUGGAGCUCAGCUAUUACGGAACCAAACUCAGUGAACGGCCGAUUGUACUGAUCGGACAGGGAAACACAUACGAUAGUGGCGGUAUUUGUGCCAAGAAGCUGCACGCUUUACGAGAUAUGCGGGGAGAUAUGGCGGGAGCGGCCUGUGUGGUAGCCACGUGUCGGGCGAUCGCGGCAUUGAAGCUUCCUGUAAACAUAAGAGCACUGAUUCCACUGUGUGAACACAUGAUUGGGUGCAACGCUAUGAAGGCUGGUGAUGUCAUACCGGUGAAAAAUGGGAAGAGCAUUGAGGUAGUCGAUACCGAUCACGAAGGGCCACUCGUUCUGGUUGAUGCGCUACUAUAUGCGGCAAGCUUUGGACCCAAAUACAUUGUGGACGUUUCUACGAUCUCGGAUCAUGUGCUGAAUUCCUUCGGUAAAGUUUGCAGUGCCGUAUUUACCAAUUCGGAGGACUUGUGGCAAAGGAUCAAGAAUGCUGGAAUACACACAGGCGAUCGAGUUUGGCGAUUGCCUCUGUGGGAAUACUUUACACAGCAGAUGUGUUCGGUUCAGCACGUAGAUGUGCAAAACUACGGCAAAGGAACGGGUGGAGAGUCGUGCAAAGCAGCGGCUUUGUUGAAAGAAUUUCUACCGUGCGGCCAAUGGAUGCACAUCGAUGCGUACAAUGUUAUGACCACCAAGGGAGAGGACUACCCGUACCUUCGGCGGGGUAUGGCCGGGCGACCAACCAGAACAUUGAUUGAGUUCAUUGCGCAAGCUUGUUGCAAAAACAAAUUUAGCACGACUCAACAUUAAGGUAAACUUAGAACCGUUGAUCCCGAUGUUUGUAUGGUGAAACUA